UUAAUUCAUUGCAUCAAUAUGAUCAAAUCAAUUUACCAAACCUGCCUUGGUGGGUCUACAAGGCAAUAAUUCAAUAUGUUCACAUGAUUCACCGUCUGGUUUUUGAUGUUAUAGCGUAUUUGUUCUAUUUGGCCCAUGAUUGGUUCCUUUUUACUUCGCAGGUCACCUGUUACUGUUUAUUACUUUAUUUGUAAAAAAAAGUUUUAUAAAAAGGAAAAAAAAAAUGUUGGACUUUCAUAUUUGAGGCCCAUUGGGUAUAUAUCAUCUCACCCAAUUACCAUAUCGGUUAUACCCGGGAAGAAAGAAAGAAAAAGCAGAGGAAUCGCUAUGAAGAGGGUUAAGAAGGAGAACGUUUCACAGAUACGAGACGACAACACAUCAGCUUAUCUUCCUCAAGAUCUGAUCAUAGAGAUUCUUCUGAAGUUGCCUACUAAAUCAAUACCAAAGCUCAUCGUCGUCUCUAAGCUAUGGUCUUCUAUCAUCCGCAGCAAAAGUUUCAUCGAUCAGUACCUGGAACAAUCUCAGUCUCGUCCGCGUUCUCUCUUUUCAUUCGAACGUAACAGCAUCCUGUUCUUCCACUCAAUCUCUCAAUCUCAGGAGGAGGCAGCAGCAGCACCGUCUUCUUGCACUACUACGUCACGCUUUUAUGUCAGGUUUGAUCUGCGGCUCUUGUCAGAAUGUCACUACAUUACUCCGCCGGUGCGCGGCUUGAUCUGCGUUAAAGAUUUGGAUAAGGUGGUGAUUACGAAUCCUAGCACGGGCCAGUUCUUGGUUUUACCAAAAGUCAGAACUAGGAGAAGACGGAUAUCAAGAUUUUUCGGGUACGAUCCGAUCGGAGAUGAAUACAAAGUCUUGUGCAUGACGGUAUUGCAAAAACGUGAACCAGUUGUGAGCGAGGAGCAUCAAGUUUUCACUUUAGGUGGAGGAGGAGCUGCAUGGAGAAUGAUCAAAUGUAAGGUUCCACAUUGUCCUGUAACCAGAGGGCUAUGGAUGACGAACGGGGUCAUUUAUUACGGAGCUUGGUCCAACAGUGAUAUACAUAAACGAGGAUCUCUAGUUGUUUGCUUUGAUGUGAGAUCGGAAGAGUUUACUCUUGUUAAGUUACCCGAUGGUGUCGAAAUUUUUAGUGGUGGAUCUGAAUUGGUCAACUACCAGGGGAAGGUGGCUUUAUUGAAUUUCUCACAUAAUGGUAACUUUGGUAUGCGGGUUUUGGAUGAUGUCGUCAAACAAGAAUGGUCAGAGAUCUUAGUUGUGGUUCCUUCUUGGACUGAUUUAGUUGGAGGAUACUUUUUCUAUUGCAGAGGUGUCAUUAGUUCCGGCGAAUUCAUAUUCUCAGCAUACUUCUAUUCGGAUGGCCGGUUCUUUAUUGUCAGUUACGAUCCCAAGAAAGACGUCGCCAGAAGAGUUGAGAUUGAAGGAUUUAAUCAUGGGUUGCAAUAUGUGAUAGUCUUAUUGGAUUAUGCAGAGUGUCCUACAUUUUUCUAAAGAAACUCUAUUUGUAUAUGUUUGAUGAUUGAUGACUACCUGCUGGUUUUUCUAACAGUCCUUUUUAUCUUUGAAACAUUUCAUCAUAUUUGUCUAGUAGUUUCUUUG